AUGGAUGUGAAAGAUCUUCAGGUAAUUGGUGACUCAUAUUUGCUAAUCCAGCAAGUUCGAGGAGAGUGGGCCACUAAAAAUGAAAAGAUCAUACCGUAUGUUAGACUUGUACAAAGAUUGGUGGAUCGUUUUCGAGAAGUAAAGUUCAAACAUAUACCAAGAACUCAGAAUGAAUUUGUCGAUGCAUUAGCAACAAUAGCAUCCAUGAUUCAGCAUCCCGACAGUAGAUACAUUGUUGCUGUCAAAAUUGAAAUAAAAGAUCGGCCAUUGUUGUGCUUUUGUAGAAGGAGCUUACCGAUGGAAAAACCUUGGUACGUUGACAUUAAAAUGUUCUUGGAGAAAGGAGAAUAUCCCAAAGGAAUCACUUUAAAUAAGAAAAGGACUAUCAGGAAGUUAGCAAAUGGUUUCUUCCUCCACAAGAAUGUUCUGUACAAAAGAACUCCAGACCUGGGAUUGCUUAGAUAUGUUGAUUCUUUCAAAGCUACAAAAUUGAUUGAAGAAGUGCAUGCCGGAACCUGCGGACCUCACAUGAAUGGGUUCUUGCUAGCAAAGAAAAUCUUGAGAACAGGUUAUUACUGGAUGACCAUGGAAAAUGACUGUAGCAAAUUUAUAUAG